GGAAAAAAAUGAAAGCUAGGCUCAAUAAUACUCAACCGGGUAUCUCGGAAAAACGUGUUCUCGACAUAGCGGCUUCGGAUCCGGCACAUGCGGCGGCGAUCUAGCUGGUUCCAUUCGGGAGCUUUCACUUAAAGUUACUGUGCAAAGUCGGUUUUCAUAGAAUUUAUUUAUUACCUGCAAUUUUCCAACUCCAGUACAUCUCUUUUCAUUGAAUCAUAAUUUGAGUGUUUAUUGCAAGAAAUCAGUUUUUUCAAAUUUGAAGCAUAAGCAUUACAAUUUGAAGCAAUACCCAUUUGAGGAAUGGAAGAGGAGGAUUACUUGUUCAAGGUGGUGUUGAUAGGGGAUUCUGCAGUGGGGAAGUCAAAUCUGCUUGCUCGAUAUGCCCGGGACGAGUUUCAUGUGAAUUCAAAGGCGACAAUUGGAGUGGAGUUUCAGACCCAGAGCAUGGAGAUCGAUGAUAAGGACAUCAAGGCCCAAAUUUGGGACACUGCUGGUCAGGAGAGAUUUAGGGCUGUCACAUCUGCUUAUUACAGGGGUACUCUCGGUGCCCUUGUUGUUUUUGAUAUCACCAGGAGACCCACCUUUGAGAAUGUUGCUCGUUGGCUCCAAGAGCUCAGGAUGCAUUCUGAUAUGAAUGUUGUGACAAUGCUGGUUGGAAACAAGUGUGAUUUAGAGAAACUCAGAGAGGUACCAAUUGAAGAAAGUAAGGCCUUUGCUGAAGCAGAGAAGUUGUUUUUCAUGGAGACUUCUGCAUUGAACGCAACAAAUGUUAAUGAUGCUUUUCAAGUUGUAAUUAGGGAGAUUUACAAUAACACGAGUAGAAAAGUGUUAUCCAAUUCUCACAAAUCUGAAUCGGCAUUAGGUAGUAGCAACAGGGUCACACUUAUGGGGAAUGGAGAUGGUGAAACAGUGAAGGGGUUAAAGAAAUAUUCAUGCUGCUAAGAAUUGAUCAGAGGUUUCAAUUUUACAUUUUUUGAACUGGUGUAUGGAAUGCGCUGCUGCUUAUUACCUGUUUUCAGCAUAAUGGGUUUUGCAUAUUAGUUACUAGUGAGGUGUAUUCAUGGAGGGUGUACUAUGCUGAUACACAUUUUUGUGUAUUUUCUGCAUUUGGUUCAAUAUUGUUAGAUGUUAUGGUUUUUAAUCCAAAGAAGGUUCUGGCAGUGAUUUUUGACAGAUAUAUCUUAAAUUAAGAGAUCUGUUAUAUCCAUCUAUCUGUGAUCUAUAAUGUUGUACUUCCACCAAAAAAAAGUAUAUAUAAAAUGAGAUUUCUAUUCA